AUGGCACAAGCUACAAGUAGAAAUGUCUCCAUAUCCUCAUUGCUAUCCUCAGCUCCGUCAAAUGAAAACUUACCGGUAAGAAAUGGUGAUGGUGGUAGUGGUGGUGGUAGUGUUGGUGGCGGUGCAGCAAAGUCUACAAGUACUACACCAACAGUAACAGCAACACACUCUUCAGCGCCAGCUGAUACUAAAGCUAUGAGCACGACUAAAAACACCGCAUCAUCUUUAAAACCCAGCACCAAACCUCAACCAAUAUUAAAAAAGAAACCAAUAGCAUCAAAAUCCAAGGCUUCACCAUCACCAUUACAACAAUUAGUAGCGCGUUUUCAAACUUCAUUCAAUGGUGCAGACUCCACCACAGCUGAAAAAAUUACACCAGUUACAAGCAUCAAUAUAAAAAGCAUCCUUUCAGACUCUAAUAUAUCGAAAACAAAUGGAACUCUGUCAAAGAAGAUUCAGCCACUGCUACUGCUGCUGCUGCUGCUGUUCAAGAACAAGGCGUCUACCCCUAUUGAAGGCAAGUUUGUCCAGAGCAAAGUUUCGCCAAACCUCGCUGACCAAGUAAAAAAAUUUCAAACUAGCUUUUAUGUGGAUUCCGCAAUUAGUCUGCCGUUGCCUUCAUCGUCAAAAACAUCAGCUUUGACAGCUACUACUGCCACUGCUGUUGCAUCGCGACCCAAGAGUAAGACUUCCAUAAAUUCUAUAAUCAAUCUAGACGAUAGCGAUACUUCUUCGCCAUCAACUCCAGCACCAGAUGCCCUUAAAACUACAACAACAACUUUGGGCCCAUCACAAACAAAAGAUUUUUUAUCUGCUAACAAUCUGCUAAAACGAAAAGCAUCUCUGAACUCAAAAGCAACAACUGGACCGGAUACAAAGAACAAGAAAAAGAAGAAGCAGCAAACGCCAGAUUUACAACAAUCUCCUACAAUAUCAUCAAGAAAACAAUUGGGACUACUGCAAUUUCAACAAAUACUGCGGAAAUUGCAACCGUCGCCUUUAUCUACAGAUUCCAAUACCACUGAAAAUCAAAAUGUACCUGUGAAGAAACCAUUGAAACCAGGUAUGACCACCGAACAGUCCGAAAUGCGGCCUACGGUGAAAUUAGCAUUCCCUACAGUAAUAGACUUGUUAAAUCCAGAAGAAGAAGAAGAAGAAGAUGAUGAUGACGAAGUGAUAGCGUUAACAGAGGCAGACGAAGACAUCUCUAGAGAAAAACUCGCAACUCCUAUUGCCCCAACUGCCAAAUCAAUAACAACAACUGCGACGACGACAGCAGCAGCAACAACAACAACCACGACUGAUACAGUUAAAAAGAGAGCUGACAAAGUUGUUACGGAAAAAUCAGCUCUAUCAAAAGAAAAAGAGAAAGAAAAGGAAAAGAUAGAGCCGCCAAUAAUUGCAUUAAAUAUCCCGCUCUUGGACCCUAAAGAUCCCCAGCCUGGUAGAGCCGAGGUCGUUAUUAAUGUACUAAAACUUGCCGAAGAGAAAUAUGGAUGGUCGGUGAUGCAUCCAAAGGCAAAGUCCGCCAUCGACAUAAUUGACGACAUGAUUGAUGACGAAGAUGAUGAUGAUAAUGAUGACGAUGAUGACUUGAUCGACGACGAAAAACAACAGCAACAACAGCAACAACAACAACAACAAGGAAACAACCAAUCGUCUAUACAGCUGCGAGGUAAAGAGUUGACAGAGGAGCAAUUGGUUCGACAGCAUGAGAUCAAAAUGGCUCGUAAAGUUGGUAAAUAUGAUUUUGAAGAUCCAUUUAUUGAUGAUAUUGAAUUGCAAAUGGAAGAAGAGAUCUCAACCACAAAGGAAGGAUUCUUUGUCUACUGGGGACCGUUAGUCGAUGAUAGAAAUUCCAGUAAGAAGAGCUCUUCGAAAAAACGGUGA